AGAAGCACGGGGAGAGAACGAGAGAGUUUGUGUGUAGAAGAGAGAAAAACGCAGUACAGGUCACUCUCCGAGGACACAGGUAAAUUAGCCACAUUCGCUCUCCAUCACCCCAGUGAAGGCAGAAUAAUUCAUCAAGAAUGGGUUGCUUCGGAUUUCUCAAAGUCAUGAUGUUUGUCUUUAAUGGCAUCAUCUUUUUGGCGGGCGCUGCCAUCCUGGGCGUGGGGAUCUGGGUGAAGGUGGACAGCGGCUCGAUCCUGGGGUUCCUCAAGGGUAUAAAAGACGCUCCGGCGGAGAUGAACCAGAUCCUAAAUGUGGGCUACCUGUUGAUUGCUGUGGGGGCCGUGCUGCUGAUCGUAGGUUUCCUGGGCUGCUGUGGUGCCAUGAAGGAGAGCAGGUGUAUGCUGCUCAUGUUCUUUGUGAUUGUGUUGGUGGUGUUCAUUGCAGAGGUGGCUGGAGCAGUGGUUAUCCUGGUGUUUAAACCCUUGGCAGGUCAGUUGAUUGAGAAACUGGGAACCAAAGUGGUUCAGAACAUUAGGAAGGACUAUGGAGAAAAUUCAGACGUCACCGCUCUCUGGAAUGCUACUAUGGAUACGCUAAAGUGCUGUGGAUUCUACAACUAUACAGACUUCACAGACUCUCCAUUUGAAAAAUACACCCAUCUCUAUCCUCAACAGUGCUGCCACAGUGCUGAUUUAAGCUCUUGUGAUGAUACAAGUGCUACAAUCAUCGGCUGCUUCCCAAAGCUUAUGCAACUGAUUGAUAAAAACACUAUUGUCAUUGUGGCAGUGGCAUUGGGGAUCGCUGCCCUUGAGAUGAUGGCGAUGGUUGUCUCCAUGACUUUGUACUGCAUAAUAGGCUCAAAGAGUGACUGAAAACCAGUGGAGGAGGGAGGGCCAUAGAAACACCUGACUGGAUGGCAUCUCUGGACCCUCCUUAGGACAACUACAGGGAUGGAUGCAUAAGAAUCUCUGAAAUCACCAAGGCUGAAGAGAAAUCUAAGGAAGCUUUGUGAUAAGGAAAGGCGUCCCACCACUAAGCCAGUUUAAAUUCAAUCCUGUACGAGAUUAUUGGAUAUGGGAAAUGUCUAUUUGUAUUGAAGUCUUUUAUUGUAUUGUAUACAUAUUUCACCUAAAAAUGAUGUUGUCUUACAUUUAGAUUGCAGCAAUACAUUGCGUCCUAUGUCCAUUCCACUCUGCACAGUAUCAUCAAGGUUUUUAUUAAAAUAACAAUAUCAAUUCACUGUCAGGAAAUA